AUGGCCGCAAACUUCAGGAAAACUCUGCUCUCGGCCAGCACAACGGCAGCCAAGCUGGCGAGCAUGCCCAAGGCACCCCGUCUUGCCAUCUCUAGGAUCGGCGCACAGCAAGUCUCUUCCGUGCUCAUCGUGAACAAACUACGCACACAGCCGGUCAUUGACGCAAUCGACACUUUGCUCUCGUAUAUACGGGAACAGUAUCCAGAAGUUACGGUAUACCAUGAAAAUCGGCCUGAUAUCCCGAAGGGUGUAACAGUGUGGGAACCAACACCCGACGCCCCUCCAAUAGAUCUCGUGAUCACACUCGGGGGAGACGGGACCAUACUCCAUGCGUCCUCGCUGUUUAAAGUUGGCGCAGUCCCACCUGUGCUCAGCUUCUCCAUGGGCACGCUCGGUUUUCUACUGCCCUUCCAUAUCGACGACUACACCAGGGCGAUCGACAGUGCGUUCGCAGGGAAGAUAACGGUGCUGCACCGCAUGCGUCUGUCGUGCACGUUCCAAGACCGAAUUGGUGCGCCUAUUGACACUCACUGCGAAGAUUGGCAGGUCAUGAACGAGAUCGCACUACACCGGGGAGCGAGUCCACAUCUCAACACAAUCGACGUGUAUGUGGACGGGCAGCAUCUGACCGAGGCCGUGUCGGACGGCCUGAUCGUCUCGACCCCGACCGGUUCGACGGCAUACUCGCUCUCAGCCGGCGGUCCCAUCGUCCACCCAUCCCUGAGCGCGAUCGUCCUGACCCCAAUCUGUCCACGGAGCCUCUCGUUCCGGCCCCUGGUCUUCCCCUCAUCGUCAUCCAUCACCCUCCGAAUAAACGAGCGCUCGCGCUCCUCCGCCUCGCUCUCGAUGGACGGCCAGACCUCGCACGUGCUCAAGCCCGGCGAGAGCGUGACGGUCCGGGCGUCGCUCUACCCGAUCCCGUGCAUCAACCGGUCCUCGAUCUCGGAGCCGCAGGACGCGCGCGAGGGCGUCGAGGGCGCGGGGCCGGGCAAGGAGGACGACUGGGUGCGGGACAUCAACAACCUGCUACAGUACAACGCGACGUUCCGGAGCAAGGCGCUCGCGCGGCAUCAGCGGACGUAG